AUGGCCGUCACGAACGGACUCGACAACGACGUCCGCGGAUGGAUUCUGUGCAUCAUCAGUGGCAUCGCCUGUGUCUUUGGAGCCAGCGUCGUCUGCGUCGAUCUUCUCAUUCGCCUGCUACCUGGCAAAUCCAACUUUCGCAUUCAAGAAAGCAAUGUCUUUCUGGCUUGCUCUCUCAGCCUAAGCUUUGGCGUCAUGAUGUUUUCGUCAUUAUACACCGGCCUCCUCAUUAUGGGUUGCUUUAUUGGCGGCUUCCUCGGUAUCCAGGCCGUGUCGCGCUUCUUGCACUCGUAUAUGCCCUCGCAUGUCGUUGACUGCGACCACACUCAUAAAGACUCAUCACAUCCCGACGGCGAGGACGGCCACCAGCCUAACGGCCAUAACCACGCUCACCACGGCGAGCCUCACAACUCUGCGUCGUCUGCUUUCUCACAAAGCAGACGCCCGCGCCAACCGUCGCCCUAUGCGCAGGCGCAUCACCACUCGCACGGACCAAAUGGGCACACUCAGGACCCUGCUGUCGAAACGACACCUUUACUACCAGCCUCGAAACACAGCGUUGCGCCCUUUCGCGGUCGCGGCCGUGCUAGAACAGAGGACGUUGACGGGCCCCGCAGACCAUCGAUGCUCGAGGUCCAGAAGCGCGUCAUGUCCUUUGUUAAAGAUACCAAAUCUCAGUGCGAUGAAGGGGGCUCCUGCUACGGCUACUCUGACCCCUGUGGCCAGGAGUGCUUCAAGCAUAUCUCGUACCGCGCCGUGAAAGCUAGCAGAUCACAGACCCGACUACGAACCACCAUGGGCUCUUUUCAUCCACCACAGAUUUCGACCAGCCUCGACGCCGAUCGCGAUUACGCCGACUCUCUCGUGAGUCCCAUGUACCGCACCAGCCGUGCCGCGUCGCGGGACGGUGCUCUGCGACCCCCGGUAGAAAGUGUACACGAGGAUGACGAGGGGCAGCCCAGCGACGCAGACGCCCACGAUCAUGUGAGCGAGGCCGGCCACAACCACGGCUCCUACGCUGCAAGCCACGGUGAGGACGUUGAGGCGCAGCAGCACCAUCACCACGUCCCCACAAACGCUUUCCUCGCCAUUGGCCUGCAGACGUCCAUCGCCAUUACGCUGCACAAGCUGCCCGAGGGUUUCAUCACGUACGCGACCAACCACGCCAACCCGGAGCUGGGCUUCAACGUGUUCAUGGCGCUUUUCGUGCACAACAUCACCGAGGGCUUCACCAUGUGCCUGCCGCUUUACAUGGCCCUCGGCUCGCGCUGGAAGGCCAUGGCCUGGUCCGCCCUGCUGGGCGGCAUGUCUCAGCCGUUUGGCGCCGGGAUUGCGGCCCUGUGGUUCAAGCUCGCCAACAGGACCAAUAUGCAGCCCAACGCUGUCGCGUACGCAUGUCUCUUUGCUGCGACGUCGGGCAUCAUGGUCAGCGUGGCGCUGCAGUUAUUUGUCGAAGGCCUGAGUCUGAACCACAACCGCAACCUGUGCAUGUUUUUCGGAUUCUUGGGCAUGGCGAUCCUGGGACUUUCCAACGCAUUAUUUGCGGCGCAUUGA